UUGAAUUGAGGUGUUUAUUUCUUAUUUAAAUGAUGCUGUAAUUUACUCUCAGCAGUUAUAAAGAAAAUCCGCAGUUUGUCUAAAAAUGGAGUGGAUUUACUAAUCUGUUAAUUAGAUUACUGUUCUCGUCUCACUGCCUACUGUUCUUAAGCGGACGCUGUAGCAGCACAGAAAAGAAAACUUCUCUUACACAUUUUUUAUUGUUGGUUAAAUUUCAGAAAAAAACUGAUAACGGUUUCUGAAGAUGGCUGCUGCCCCUUUAUCUGUGGCUGCUCUAAUCUGCUUGAUUAGUGUAGCUAAAGCACAAGGAGGUGAAAAAGUAUACUCAGACAACAUCACUCGCAUUUUGGAUAGACUUUUGGAUGGUUAUGACAACAGACUUCGACCCGGUUCAGGAGGUGGUAUUACAGAGGUGAAAACAGACAUCUUUGUUACCAGUUUUGGGCCUGUUUCAGAUGUUGAGAUGGAAUUCACCAUGGACAUGUUCUUCCGUCAGAUGUGGGUCGAUGAGCGGCUGAAGUUUGAGGGCCCUAUAGAAAUCUUACGUCUUAACAACCGCAUGGUGGACAAGAUUUGGACACCAGACGCUUUUUUUAGAAAUUCAAAGAAGUCCAUUUCCCAUAAUAUGACCACACCCAACAAGCUCUUCCGUAUAAUGCAGAAUGGGACUGUCCUCUACACCAUGAGACUAACAAUCAGUGCAGAGUGUCCAAUGAACCUCAUGGAUUUCCCCAUGGAUGGCCACGCCUGUCCUCUCAGGUUUGGGAGCUAUGCGUACACCAACAGUGAAAUUAUUUUCACCUGGAGGAAAGGAUUAGCAGGGUCUGUCGAGUGUCCCAAAGAGUCAAUAAGUCUUCUGCAGUACGAUCUGAUUGGACAGAUCUUGUCCAGUGAGAUAAUGAGGUUAAACACAGGUCACUAUUCUGUGCAGGUGGUCCAUUUCCUUCUCCAGAGAAAGCUCGGCUACUACCUCAUACAGACCUACAUCCCCCUAAUCAUGGUAGUCGUGCUGUCGCAGGAUAUUAAGGAUCCGAGCAAUAUGCCUCUGGUGAAGGAAACAGUGGACAGGCUGAUGAAAGGAUACGACAUUCGGUUGAGGCCGGAUUUUGGAGGUGCUCCUGUGGCGGUGGGGAUGAACAUUGACAUUGCAAGCAUAGAUAUGGUAUCUGAAGUAAAUAUGGACUACACUUUGACCAUGUACUUCCAACAAGCGUGGCGGGACAAGCGCCUCUCAUACUCAGAGAUCGCCUACAACCUCACACUGGACAACCGGGUGGCUGACCAGCUCUGGGUCCCUGACACCUACUUCCUCAAUGACAAGAAGUCCUUUGUUCACGGUGUUACGGUCAAGAACAGGAUGAUCCGUCUCCACCCCGAUGGGACGGUGCUUUACGGGCUCCGCAUCACUACGACCGCUGCCUGCAUGAUGGACCUGCGCCGCUACCCUCUGGAUGAGCAAAACUGCACUCUGGAGAUAGAAAGCUACGGAUACACCACAGAUGACAUUGAGUUUUACUGGCGAGGUGGGGACGGCGCCGUGUCUGGGGUCGACAGGAUAGAGCUGCCGCAGUUCUCCAUUGUUGACUACAAGCUCAUCUCCAAGAACGUCGUCUUCUCGACAGGUUCUUACCCCCGCCUGUCUCUCAGCUUCAAACUGAAGAGGAACAUCGGUUACUUCAUCCUGCAGACAUACAUGCCUUCCAUCCUGAUUACCAUCCUCUCCUGGGUCUCCUUCUGGAUCAACUAUGAUGCAUCUGCUGCCAGAGUGGCCCUGGGAAUCACUACGGUGCUGACCAUGACAACCAUCAACACUCACCUGCGGGAGACGCUCCCCAAGAUCCCCUACGUGAAGGCCAUCGACAUGUACCUGAUGGGCUGCUUUGUGUUCGUCUUCCUGGCUCUACUGGAGUACGCUUUCGUCAACUACAUCUUCUUCGGCCAGGGUCCCCAGAGACAGAAGAAGGCGGCUGAGAAAGCGGCCACGGCCAACAACGAGAAGCUGAGGCCCGACCCCAAUAAGAUGACCCCCGAUGACAACAUCCUGUUCAGCGCCAUGGAGAUGAAGAAUGAGAUGGGCGGUGCCGGGGAUCUGUCCCGGGGCCUGGGAGCUCCCACGGAUCCCCGCAACACCAUGCUGGCCUACGACAGCUCCACGCUGCAGUACCGCAGGGCGGCCAUGGCCCGGCAAAACUAUGGCCACAGUGCCUUGGAGCGCCACGCCCAGAAGAAGUCCCGCCUACGGAGACGGGCCUCGCAGCUCAAGGUGAACAUCCCAGACUUGUCCGACGUGAACUCUAUCGAUAAGUGGUCCAGGAUGAUCUUCCCCACCGUCUUCUCCUUCUUCAACGUGGUCUACUGGCUCUACUACGUCCAUUAAACCCCGGAGAGCCAGGAGGCCGGCUUCCCGCCAGACGACUGACGAAGACGAAUUAGCGUGAAAAAAUCAAGAAAGAUGAAUAAUUUGCGUGAGAGAGAGAGAAUGCGAGAUGAAAACCGUGUGCUGACUUUUUUAGAGCUGGUUUGUUUCAGACGACGUGAGGAGAACACAGAGACUUUUUUGCAGCAGCACCCACUUCAGUCAGCAGUGACUCUUUUAGGAUUUGGGAAACAUCUUCAAGUGACUGACGAGCACUCGAAUAAAAGAAGAGUGAAAAAAAAACAAAAAGAGAGACAGAAAAGGUGCCUGUUCCAGAAUUUCAAUAUAUCACUAAUAUUUGUCAUUCGUAGCUUACUAUCUCUCUGUGGAUCAAAAUAUUUAUGCUUGUGUUUGCAUAUACUUUAAGGAUUUCUUUUGUUUAGUAUCUAUUUACUUCGUAGCCGAGCUGUCUGCAUCCAGGAAAAGCUUUAUAAAUGAUUUAAAAGGAGGUCAUCCUUGAUAGUCUAUUUUCCUAUAUUUACUGUAUAUCAGAAACAUCCUUUUUAAAAAAAAAAAUAAAGCAUGCUUAUUUUUGGUUUUGCUUUCAUCUCAACUAUGAUGAGGAAUGACAGUAUUUUAUUUGUACUAGUUGAAGGUUUCUUGCAGUUAACUUAGCACAGGCCACCUGAAUUGCAACAGGUGAACAGCAGGGGGCGGUCUUACCUCUGGAGCUUGAAUGAUCAAAGAAAGAGCAGAUCUGGGGAAGUUGAUGCUUUUGCUGAGGUUUCUUUUACUUUAUCUGUGCUGACAGAUUCCCUUCCAUUUAUCUCUGAAGAUUAAUUUUCCUUUCCAAAUACGUUUAACUGAGUGAUUUAUUUUAUUUUUUCCUCCAUCGUGCAGAGAAUGGCUUUAAUUUAACGCGAGCUGGCGUGAAGUACUUUCCCAAUGGAGCGAGCUUCAUCGCUACAUAAAUAUGGCAAUCCACAACCAUCGUUACGAGUAGGAACUGAAUGAUAGGAGUAAGAUGCAUUUCAUUGUGAUUAGGUUUCUGUUUCCAGAAAAAGAAAAUAAUUAUUAAAAAAUACUGUAGAUAACAUAUUUAAUGAAAAAGAUUAUUCAUUUUUAUAAAUCAAUACUCACUUUAUUGUGUAAAUAUUAUGAAUUUAUUCUAUUUAAAUGGGUCUUUGUUGUUGUUUUCUGCAGUUGAAUUACAGCUCAAAUGUUCCAUUUAGUCAAAAAGAAAAAGAAAGGAAAAAAAAAAUCUCAGCUUAAGAAGAAAUAAAACACAAUUCACAACUUUGCUGACUAUACUUUUGGGACUUUUCUCUCUUUCUCUCUCUGUCUCUUGUUUUUUUUUUUCUCUUUUCUUUUUAAUGGACUCUGAAAGCAUCUACUUGCUGAAACUAAAGCACUUCCAGACACCACUGACUUUUGGGUCAAUGUCUCACGCUCUUGAAACAACAUAACCAGGAUCCCUCCCCCUUACUAUCCAGGCAUUGAAGUCAGGCAUAUUUUGUACAAAGUUUCUGUAAAUUCUAAUUGUAAUAUUUCAUAAUGACUGUAAAUAUCUUGUGUAAUAACUGUCGGCAAUUACGAAGAUGUAUCUAAAUUGAAUUAAAACUCAGUUAAGUCUAUCACUUCAA